AUGUUUCGUUUUAUUGCACUCCUCUGUCUUGUACACGUUUCCUUUGGUACUAUCAUUCGUGGUCGAGUUUUAGUCAAUGGUAAUGCCAAUAUAGUCGAUACAGUUCCUUCUGGUUCUCGACUUAUUAUCCGACUAGAAGGUACAUCAAUAGCUAAUGCUUCAUCGAUGGUAAUCAAACAAACAGAAAUCUCAAAUAUAGUUGCUUUUCCAUUCUAUUAUCAAAUUCGAAUCUCAACUAAUAUUUCAUCAGCAUUGUCCUACUCACUAUCAGCACUUAUCAAAAAAGGAGAUAUACUUGUAUAUGUUAAUCAACAACCUAUACAUGUUAAAAUUGGCACUGAAAGUCUCAUUACAAUUGAUAUUCCAGUUAUGUUUAUUGGAGAAAAUAGAGCUCUACAACCAUUAUUGAACAAUGUACAGCAAUCGUCAUGGCCAGAAUUAGUUGGACGUGAAGGUACAUAUGCCGUACAAUAUAUUAAAGAAAAAACUGGUUUUACAGAUGUAUUCAUUGUUCUUGAAGGUUCAUUGGUCACUUUAGACUAUCGAACUGAUCGUGUACGAGUUUUUGUCAACACAAAGGGCGUUGUUAUUCAAACUCCUUAUAUUGGUUAA